AUGGGUGCCGUCGUAUCAUGCAUUGAAUCCAUCUUCCGCACCAUCGGUAACUGCCUGAUGGCCAUCGUCAAUGGCAUUGCCUCUGUACUGCAAGCAAUCAUCGGUGCCAUCGCCAGUCUCUUCGACAUCAUCAUCUCCUGCUUAACCUGCGGUCGGGGAGGCGGUCGUUGGAGAAAUCGCGGAAUGCACUCGCACCACACGACGAGCAGAGUCUAG